AUGACUGUGGAGAGUCUGAAGCAGCCUGACCCGCAGGUGGACUCGCGCCAUCCAGCUGUGGCGGGAACUGUGGCCGACUCCUUCGCCCUGUCCAACUCCCCGCAGCCGGCCCGCGCCAACUUCUCCCCUUACAGCCCGCACACCACUGCAGGCCUGCCCCCCGGCAGUGCCUCAUCUCAGCAACACAUCGACGCACUCAAGGGCCAGCUUGCUCAGCAGCAGAUCGCCCCGCAGGGGGCCCUGCCCUCCUACCAAAUCGCCACCCACCAGCAGACUACCAUCCCCAUGGAGAACAUUCAGAUGCAACAUAUCACUGGCGGCCCGAGCGAUGGGGGGCCCGGCGGCAAGAGUGGCCUGCAGAAGGACACCAGCUCCCUGUCGCAGACCUUCCUCGAUGAUGAGUUUGUCCGCCUGAAGCACACCAAGGCUCGGGGUGGCCCGGGCGCCGCGGUCGGCCAUGGGACCCCCACCUCGAGCCCCUCCGUGGGGCGUAUCUUCUCCGUGAUCCUCUUUUAUUGGAUCAUCUCCCUGUCUACGGUCUUCCUUAACAAGUACAUUUUCAGCUCGGGUGAGAUGCAGUUCUCCUAUCCGCUGCUGGUCACUUGGUAUCAGAUUCUUUUUGCCCUGGCGGCUCUGACCGUGUGCGGUGAGCUUGGCAAGCGGGUCCGCCUAUUUUCGGCCGUCCCGCCGGUUCGCCUGAACCGCGUCAAGCUCCAGGCAAUCAUGCCCCUGACAGUGCUCUAUGUCUUGAUGCUGGCCCUGAACAACCUUUGCCUCAAGUAUGUGGAGGUGACCUUCUACCAGGUGGCUCGGUCCUUGACCAUUCCCUUCAGCAUUGUCUUUGGCUUCCUGCUCCAUGGCCAACGCACCAGCAAGGCGGCCCUGCUUACCAGCAUGGUUGUGGUGGCUGGCUUCGUCCUUGGCGCCUAUGGCGAGGUGCACUUCUCCUGGAGUGGGAUUCUCUUCGGCGUCGGGGCCAGCGCUUGCGUGUCGCUGUAUGGGCUCUUUGUCAAGCAGAAGCUCGCGGUUGUCGAUGAUAACGAAUGGCUCCUGCAGGAGUACAACACUGCCCUGGCCUCGGUCCUGAUGAUCCCCCUGAUCAUCCUCUCCGGCGAGUGGAACUCCUUGAUGAACUCCCCGUCCGACCUGGCCAUGCUCUACAUGCCCCGCUUCUGGGCCAUCAUGUCCAUCACGGCCCUGGCUGGGUGGAUGAUCAACCUGGCCAUGUUCCUGCAGAUCAAGACAACCACCCCGCUGACCAACUCCAUCAGUGGCACGGCCAAGUCCUGCGUGCAAUCCCUCCUCGCUUGGAUGAUCUACAAGAACCCCGUUUCCGGAAUGAACUUCGCUGGGAUUGUUCUUUCGCUGGUCGGCUCGUCGGCCUACUCCAUGGUUCGGUACCGGGAGAUGAAGCGCGCCGCAGCCCUAGCCAGCCGCCGUCGGCCAGAGUGA